AUGAAUAAUCAGUGUAAUCAUUGCAAGAAAAAUGUGGCCAAGGACCCUGUCCUGUGCAAGGUCUGCGCGACGGCUGUGGCCCACCCGGGUUGCGCGAGCAAGUCAUCGCGGAACAACCCGCAGAUGUGGACCUGCAGCAAUUGCAGACAGGAGUCCAGCUCUCAAGGCUCCGAAGGCCCCGACACUACUACCCUGAUGGACCAAAUUACAUCAAUGGAAACUAACCUGACCGCGCGUUUUGAGACCAUGAUGCAAAAAUUCGUCGAGAUGGAAAAGUCGCUCAACUUCUUCGAAGGCAAGUACGAGGAGUUGCUGAAACAGUCCGCCGAGCAAAAGGCCCUCAUCGUCGACCUGAAGAAGGCCCUCGAAGGCGUCCAAGAGAAGGUCAGGGAAAAGGACGCCGCGUUGAAUCAGCUCUCCGCGCGUUUGAACCAAGUGGAGCAGUCCAAUCUGGUGCUUAAUAUGGAAUUCCACAAUGUUCCGAUGAAGGAGAAAGAGAAUGUGCUCGAGGUCGUGCAAAGCCUUGCAGAUCAAGUCGGAGCGCCACGCGUGUCUGACACGGUUGUGGACGCAUACCGCCUGCCCGGCCGUCCUCCCCGGGUAGCGGGUGAAUCACCUCGAGCACCGCCGAUUGUUGUGAAGGUCAAGGCCGCCAGUGUCAAGAUGGCUUGGCUGGCGGGGAGGCGAAGACUGCAGCAGCCGCGGCAGGCAGAUGACGUCAGCGAGGAGGCGCCCACCACCGCUGCCGCCGUUGCUGCCGAACGCCCUCGUCGCCGAGGCCCUCCACCUGUCCGCAUCUACGAGCAGCUGACGCCCUACAACAAAAGACUCUUGUUCCUGACUCGCACUGCCGCUGCUCAAAAAGGUUUCCGUUUUGUGUGGGUGCGGGACGGAAAAAUUUUCGCCCGGCACAGUGAACAGCUUGGUGCGCUUGUCCGAAUCCGCUGCGAGGACGACAUUCGCACCAGGAUGGGGGUGAACGUCGCGACAACCCACAUCUAA